AUGGCUCCUAGCAAGACAAUUUCGCUGGCUGAUCAGCUUGCUGAUCUGGAGGAUCCCACACCAAAGGAUUUUGAUCCAGAGGAUCUUGAACACGGCGGCCAAUCUAGCGACGAUGACGAGGCAGGCAAACCAACAGAUGUAGAUGCUGGAAGGGAGCAUUAUGAGGCCGUUGGCAAAGGAAAACUUCGGAAGCAGGACCCAGUCAAAUUAGGGAAACAAUAUGAUGGCGCGCGCAUUAGCAGAGACGCUCUCGAGGCCGACAGUGACGAUGAUCCGUUUGCGGCACAUACCGAUGACGAGGAAGACUCCGACGCCGGCUCAGACGAGGCUGAAAUUGAGGACGAUUCCGACUCCGAACCACUCGGCAAGCAAGACAAGAGUGGCGCAAAGCAGACGAAGAUCCCUUUGAGGACUCAGCGGAAGCCGUCCUUGGAUAGCUCACCGGUUUCCGGCCUCGAAGACUCCGAUUCAGAGAUGGAAGACGAAGAAGAUGAAGAAGACGACCUGUCGGUGUCGGGGAGUGACGACGACGAGGAUGACGACGAUAUGGAUGAUGAUGAGGAGGAGGAGGAGGAGGAGGAGGAGGAGGAGGAGGAAGAAGAAGACGAGUCGGAAGGUGAAGACAGCGAUGACGACGAGCGCAGACCUGCGAAGACUAAGCGCAAUAGUGGAAUUGUCCAUCCUAGAUCGGAGGCUGCCUCUGAUGAUCGGGAAGAAUUGAGGAGACUGAUGGCUUCGGAUCAGAAAUCAAUUGCAGCAACGGUCACGAAAGCCGCAACAGCAGAUGCUGCCAAGGGAAGGGCUGUCAAGCAGCAACGGAGCACUUUUGAUGCGCUUUUGAACACACGCAUCAAGCUGCAGAAGGGCUUGGGUGCAAUCAACGAGAUGGCUGCAAUGGUAGAUGACAACGAGGAUGAUGAAGCUGCCGAUGACGAAGCAAUCAAAUCGGCCGAGUCUGCUGCCCUUGCGCUCUGGUCUACUUUGGAGGAACUGCGCACUGCUCUUGCUGACGCCCACUCUAAGGAUGACAGCAAGAAGCGCAAGAGACCUUUACCCAUUACCCCUACAGUCAAAUCGGCUUUGCUUUGGGAGCGUAUGGCUGAUCUCGAGUCCGAAUCGCUUGCACAACGUCGCUCUACUCUCGACAAAUGGUCUUCCAAGGUCAGAGGUAACUCGACCUCGGGCCCCAAUGCCAAAGGCAAGCUGAUUGGCUCCGCAUCCAAGCAAACCAUCACUGCUGUUCUUGAUGCCCAUGUUGCUACCGAGACCGGCGACCGUUCAUCUAAGCGUGCCCGUCAGUCUAAUGGCAGCAAUUCGACCGAAGCCCCCGAGCCCGUCUACGAUGAUACGGUCUUCUAUCAGUCUCUUCUUCGUGAGCUUGUCGAGCAACGCAUGUCUGCUGAUGCAAUGACUGGUGGCCUUGAUACUCAGCUGCCGUCUCGCCUGAAUAUCCACCCAGUCACUGGAAUGCGUAAUGACAAAAACAAGCGUGCCGAUGUUGAUACCCGCGCUUCUAAGGGUCGUAAGAUGCGCUUCAAUGUUCAUGAGAAACUCCAGAACUUCAUGGCUCCUGAGGACCGUGGCUCAUGGACUAUUCGGGCCCGAGAUGAGUUCUUUGCUUCCUUGCUAGGCAAGACUGCUAGUGGUAUGUUGGGUGAAAAUGAGAGUGACGAGGAAAGCGAGGAAGACCGUGAAGAGGGUGGCUUGAAACUGUUCCGGAGCUAG